CAAAAAAGAAAUAUUUUAUUAUCCACCUUGCUUCAUCAAAAGCUUUUAAAAUCCUCCAUAUUCCUUGCUAUUUUCCCCAAACAAAGCUUUGAGAAAUCCUCCGUAUCGUAGUUGAAGAUGGCGGUUUUGAUGUCAGUGGUUUAUGGUGUGGCAAUCGCCUGGACUCUCAAACUAUUGUAUGCCAUUUGGUGGAAACCUAAAGCGAUAGAGAAGAAGCUAAGGAAACAGGGCAUCCAUGGCUACCCCUACAAGUUGAUUUACGGGAACACCACGGAGAUGAUGGAGUUAGCUAAGGAAAAAGGGUCGGAACCCGUGGAGCAGCCGCACGACAUCGUACCUCGUAUCAAUCCUUUGCUUCAUGAUCUCGCCACUACUCACAAGAAAUCGUUCGUUGUUUGGUAUGGAACAACUCCUCGAGUGGCAAUCAUGGAGCCAAAUUUGAUAAAAGAGGUUCUGAACAACAAAACUGGUGAUUUCCCAAAGCCAGAAAUAAAUUCAUUCACUCAGCUGUUCGUGACUGGACUUGCCAGCUAUAAUGGAGAUAAAUGGGCCAAACAUAGGAAAAUCGUUAAUCCUGCCUUCCAUGUAGAGAAGUUGAAGCAUAUGUUGCCUGCAUUUGUUGUCUGUACGGACGAAAUGAUUUCCAAAUGGAGAAAGUUGGUGAACUUCAUGGGGUCAAGCGAAGUGGAUAUGUCGGUUGAAUUUCAAAACUUAACCGGGGAUGUUAUAUCCAGAGCAGCUUUUGGCAGCAAUUUUGAAGAAGGGAGGUUGAUAUUCCUUCUGCAAAAAGAACAAGGGCGGCUGUUUUUACAGUCCCAGAUGAACAUCAAUUUCCCAUUGUUAAGGUUUCUUCCAACCAAAGUAAACAAGAGAAUGAAGCACAUAAACAGAGAAGUGGGAUCCUUAUUGACAAGAAUAAUAGAAAAAAGAGAGAAAUUUAUAAGAGCAGGAGAUCACAAGGACGAUUUGCUGGGCUUGCUCCUCAAGUCUAAUCUCAAUGAAGUGGAAGUAAACAAGAAUUCGGAUGGAGGGAUGAGCAUGGCAGAUGUGAUUGAAGAGUGCAAGUUGUUUUACUUCGCUGGUCAGGAAACUACAACCAAUUUGUUGACUUGGACCAUGAUUGUGUUGAGCAUGCAUAAUGAGUGGCAGGAGAGAGCCAGGGAAGAGGUGCUUCAAGUUUUUGGGAACAAUAAACCCGAUUAUGAUGACUUGAAUCGCUUGAAGAUAGUAAACAUGAUACUGCUAGAAGUAAUGAGACUAUAUCCGUCAACGUCCCUGAUUCGAUGCACGAAGAAAGAGACGAAGCUGGGAGAUAUGAGUCUUCCAGCAGGGGUGCAACUGUUCAUGCCAUUGCACAUUGUGCAUAGAGAUAAAGAACAAUGGGGAGAAGACGUGAUGGAGUUCAAGCCAGAGAGAUUUUCAGAAGGGAUGUUUAAGGCAACGAAGGAUAAGGUAUCCUACUUCCCUUUCGGAUGGGGCCCUAGAAUAUGCGUUGGACAAAACUUUGCGAUGCUUGAAUCCAAAUUGGCCAUCGCCAAAAUCUUGCAGAACUUUUCAUUCCAACUAUCUCCAACUUAUACUCACGCCCCACAUGCUGCUGUCACACUUCAACCUCGUUAUGGUGCUCAAGUCAUAUUACAUAAACUAGGAGAAUGUGCGUGAGGCAUGCUUGCUUUUCUAUUCUCUCUAUCUGAAAUUACAGCUGCAUGCAACAAUCUCAUGUGAAAAAGUUCAAGCUUUUAUGAUUUUAUACAUAUAUAAUUUUUAGUUUUUCUCUAGCUACUUGUAAAACAUUAAAAAAAUAAUAAUAAUCGAGGUUUGCCUUAA